GUAGGUUACUGCUGGCAGCCUGCCAUUCAGCGGAGCAGUCUCUGAAAGUGUGGAGCCUCACUGCAGAGGUCUCACUUUCCCCUUGUGCAAGAGAACACUCAGCACGCAGCGCAGGGGGAUCAUAGAAUGAGAGAGGUAAACGUAAGACCUGAACUUGUUAGGUCAGACACCCCUGCAACGUGGACUGAAAGAGGAACGUACUGUAAGUGACAAAUAUUGCAGCCGGGGAGCUGGGAUUGCUGUGAAACAGUGGUGGAGGUGGAGGGAAUGAUGGACGCUUAUUGAGACCAGCUUCGCUUAGAUGUCACUGCUGUUGAGUGCCAGUUUCUAUGCUGUCACUGGUUCCAGCAAGUGGUGAAGCUGUGGACUGGGGCUACAAGAGGAUUAUAUCAAUGAACCAGAAGAGCAAGAGAACCCACAUGGUGUUCAGCUGGCACAAACCCUUCACUAUCCUUGCCCCAUGGAGGAAAGGGAAGGGGGAAAUGGCAUUGGAGAAUGAAGUAGUGCUAACGAAGAUGAAGAUCUUCAACAACUUUCAGGGAAAGUUUGUGAAUAUUGGAAAUUCACCCCCUAAGGACGCUGUGUCAGAGAAAGAUGUGCAAGAGCCACAGGACCCUUUGGUCAGCAGUGAGGUCGCCCUAGUGCUAGAAGAACCUCAGCCCAAAACAGAGUACUUGUCUGUGCUUUCUGAUCUCAGUGCUGAGGACCUCAAACUGUCCAAACUGUUCAAGUUUGAAUCUGAGGACUCUGGGGUGGAGCUCCCUAGUGGGGCACAUUCCCCCUCCACUCCAACGGGGUCUGAACAGAGCUUUGUGGUUCACAGCCGGGGGUCUUCCUGUGACUCUGGGAUUCUCAACACUUUGGACUCUUCUUCAGACCCCCUUCUGCUACUCAGCCAGUGCCCAGAAACAGAGGAGGCAGAAACCACUAUCCAGGAGACACCUGAAGAACUGGAUUUGAUGGAAUCCAGAACUGAGCCUAUCACUGAAAGCGACACAAUAUACUUUAGCCAAUUGAAAGAAAGCAAUGAGGCAGAUGAAAAGCAGACCAAAAACUUGGAAAAUAUUUCAGAGGAAGAAGAAGUGAAUUCUGCACUGGAGAUUGCAGCAGAGGCCUCUGUUGCAGGUGCCAUGCCAAGGGGUGUCUCCACAAAAGCUUAUGAUGACAUGACUGAAGUAGAGCUUGAAGAACAGCCAUUGCAGAAAUAUCCCACGAGUGACAGCCUGGAUGAAUACAUGGAUGAAUGCUGCAGGCUGAGUGAGGUGAAUCAGGGGAAGACAAAUCCCCUUGGCUCAGGUCUGGGAUACCUGGAGCACAUCUGCCAGCUCAUCGAGAAGAUCGGGCAGCUCCAGGAGCACAAUCUCAAGCUCCAGAGGCAAAUCUGCAGCCUGCAGAAGGAAAGCCGCACAAAACAAUCGAAGGAGGAGUACUUCCGGCAGCACUGUUCCUGUGGAGCAGCUAGCCUUGCGUUUCAGGAGCUGAAACGACACUGCCGGAGCGAGUUCCACAGCCUCACCGCCUCCAGCGGCACACUGUCAGACCUGUCCACCAUUCUGGAAAUAGCCAGACGACCAGACAGACUGGGAAAGAGAGGGUUGGAGGGUCAUGGAGAGACAGGAAACAAUCCCCCUGUGCCUCUUCUGAGGAAGGGCCUGAACCGCAGGAGCUACACAGAGGGAGAAGGGAGAUACCUUUGUGACAGUACAGAGGGCCUAGCUGCACCGUUCAGAAGGAAUGAAAAUCACCCCUGGGGGAGAGUGAAGGAAUUAGUUAAAAAGACAAGACUGAGAAAUCAUAGCAGGUUGGGCUUAUCAUCCAAUGCACUGAAGAGAUCCUGCCCCCAACUCUACAGGCCAGACCUGGGCUCUGCUGAUCCACCAAAAAGAGACAGAAACUCCAUGAUUGCACUGGGCCAGAAUUCUAGGCAUGAUUACCUAUGGCCCCAUUAGUCACGAGAAGAAACAGGAGCUGGAGAGGUGGCCCAGAAAACUGAAAGCAGGUCUCCAAGUGGGAUGUUGAGUCAUGUUGUCAGGGAAGCUACAGUAAAUGAAAAAGAAGCAAGCAAAGGGAUGGUAAAACUAUGAAAACCCAGCAGAAAACAGCCUCAAGUCGAAGACAAGCUUGAGGGACUAUACUCAGAUGGAGAACAAACAUGAAAAAUGGAGUAAUAUUGGAAGAUUCAUAGCUGGAAGAGCGAUUAACAGGAACUUUGAGAUUUGGGGAUUUUGUAUGUAUAUCUGAUGUAUUGUAUAUGCUGAUUAUAUGCUGCACACUCAAGUUUUUUAAAGGGUGAUGCAUCUAUUUUCCUCUUUAAAACACACUCUUAUAACAGUAUUUAGCCUGCAGUUUGGAUAGGUUUUAUUUACCAUGUUCAGUUUGCAGGUAAACUGCAAUUUCUAUUCUUUUCUUAAAACAAACAUUUACAGUUUUUUUUCCCCUGUUUGGCCUCACUUUACAAAAAGUCUUUAUGAUAAUGGAAUCCAUGAAUUCAUCCAUCCAUUUUCUAACCACUGCAUCCAAUGCAGGGUCAAGGGGGAGCCAUGGACACUGGGAGAACAGACAAAUGCCACACAGAAAGCACCCCAGGUCCAGAACUAAACUGUGGGCCCCAGUGCUGUGAGGCAGCUAUGCUAACCACUGUUGCCCAAAAUGGGAUCUAUUCUGCAAUAUACUGUGAUGCACGCACUACAACAGACUAACAUUCAUCCAAAGAUGUACUGUAUUUAAGCACUAAAUGAAAAGAUAGGAGGCACUUGUGUCCUUUUUCUUUCACUUCAUUUUAACGUUCACAAAAUAAAAAUCACUAGACGAGAUUACACACAUUGUAAAAACAAGGCUCCUCCCAAGCCAGCUCCAGCUACGUAAAAUUUGUUGGAUUAAAGCCAUUCUAAACACUAUGAGAAGUGAGUACAUCGUAAAGUCUCUCUUUGAGCCUGAAAGUGAAUACAAGCCAUUUAAAGAAAUGUGGCACGGGUACUGUACAUUCACCCUGUGGCGUGCAAGUUGGCAAGAUAAAAACACUUUCAAUAAACAGAAAAGGGAAAAAAGAAAAAUACAUACGAAAUGUUUUACCCACACUUACAAACAAUAUCAUAAAAAGUCUGCAGUCUGAACUGUGCACAUUUAUACAUUCUAAUUUAGUGCAGUGCUGGAGGUACAGUAGCUAAUCUGAAGACAUUAAGAAUACUUAAAGAUUUUUAUGUUAUAUCCAUUAAUAUAAUCUGCUAACUUCACGAACAAGAAACAUGCAUGGUGGCUAUACUUCGUUUAUUACUGAGAUGAGAAUAAACAGAGCUUGCAGAAAACGAAAAAAAAAAGCUUAGAAACUUUAUCUUAACGUGAUACGUCAACUUAAAUAGAUACUCAAACAUACAGGAAAAUAACUUUCCUUUUAAAAUAAGAAAACAUGUCAAGGUGUGGGUUGUUGAAAUCUAAUCUAGCAUUAAGCAUUCGGAAGCCAUAUACUGUACAACCAGUAACCUGUCACUCUUUAGAGUUCUAGCUAUCCAUUCAUAACUGUUAAAACUGUACUAUUUUAAUCAAGAAUAAACCGAUCUGCAGGUUUUUUAAGAUAUGACAUUAACUAUACUCAUCACAAUUUGUCCACAAUGUCUAACAGUUAACAUGAGAAAACAUAUUUCCUGUUAUUUAACUCAUACUGUAUAUCACUCCGACCCCUCUGAAUCCACACACAGUCCUGGAAAGUCCAAGAACCUACUCUGACAUAAAACAAAAUCUCAUUGCACUCAUAGAUCAAAAAACAAAAUUCAAUGUUCAUCUUAUUUCUUUUUUAAAAAGUCAAAUACAUAUUACCUAAAACCACAGUUCUUCAUAACCUAAAACCACAGAGGGUCACUAAAGUUCUAAGUUAUUUCUGACGUAAACCUAUACUAACAUGCUAUGUAAUGUAUUACUCUACUGCAAAAAAAAUGUGUUUGCCUUCAUUGAAAUACACAGAUAGUGAGUGCUAUAUUCAAACACUAAAGGAGAUUUAAGUGCCUAAGAGGCAAUGGGAAAUUAAGUCCCCAAGCACUUUGAAUAUAGAGCCCAGUAUCUUAAGCUAAACUCUGUACAUGUUUAACUAGCACUGCCAAACAUUGUUAAAGAAUGAGUUCUAAUCAUGUAUUUUUUAUGUACAAUUUUUUGUAUUGUAUAUUUUAUUAAGAUAUGUUACAAAUGGAUUUCUAUUUAUAAUUUCUGAAACCCGUACUUUGUUCAUUGAAAAUAAAGUUAAAAUGCUAUUUUUACA